AUGUUUAACCGAUUACGAAAUGCGAAGAAAAUUUCUGUCGCGAAAUAUAUCAAAUCAUUCAUCGACGACUUGAAGAAGGAACUAGCGAAGGCACAAACUGCUGCACCAAAGGUUGGUGGAUCAAAUGCUGGUAAAUCAAAGAGAGUGAAUCAAGCGCUGGUGGAGCUGAGAUUGGCAUUGUUGAAGCCAUUGGAUCAGAAGCAGAUGUCGUUCAAGUUGGUGAUGCUGGAGUUGAUGAGACAAUUGGCGGAACGAUGGUUCAUCAAACCGGAAAGCUUCAAAGUGUAUCCCGUUCUCUGA